UUUUUAUUCCUUUAUUUCUGAGGAAAAAAAUAAAAAUCAAAAAACACUUGAUGACGUCACAUAUACGGUAGAAUGAAGUAGUUACCUUAGCCUAGGCAUUUCAAUGUGAAGAAAACAUCAAGUGUCACUGUCAAUGUCACUUUUGGCAUGAAGUACCUACCUAUCUAUACUAUAAAAAUAUUAUAAAGCUGAAGUUUGUUUGCUUGAACGCGCUAAUCUCAGAUCCGAUUUCAAAAAUUAUUUCAGGGUUAGAUAGCCCAUUUAUCGAGGAAGGCUAUAGGCUACUUUUUAUCCGGGUUAGUGCAGAGGUUCCCACGGGAUGCGGGUGAAACCGCUGGCAGAAGCUAGUACCAAAUAAAACUAGCGAAAUUGAUUAGCACAACAUUUUCCUAUCAACACCGCUUACUGUUAUCACUAUCAACUGUUGAUUAAAAUUAUUUCGUCACUGAAAUGGAUCCCAAUCAAACAUAUACGCCAAUGAAGGAACCAAAAUAUUGUUUUGUACCAGCCUGCAAAAACAGUUCUAGAGAUACUCAAAAAGCAUUUUUUGCGGUGCCUAGCUCAGCAAAACAAGAGUGGUGCGAUGCUGUGGGUAUAGCAUGUCCUAAACGUGUUAUAUAUAUAUGCGAAGAUCAUCUCAAUUUGCAGGAAGAUGUGGAGAACUACCGGUAUUGGAUAACUAUGAAAGUGCGGCCAAAAUUGAAGUCUCGGUUACCACAUUCUCUCAGGAGGACAUUAAUGGCAACUGUUCAUCAAGAAAUUAUUGAACCUAGACCUAGCACAUCUUCAACAGCUUCCUCCUCAUUUCACUGUGAAAGUCCAGUCACUACAAAAGUCAGCAAAGGAGUACAAGUAAAACCAAGAACAUCGGAUAGAACUACUUUUUGUGCCAUUUACAAAAAGAAGACAAAAAGACCUUUGCUUCAAGAAGAUGAUGAGAUGGAAGAAGUGUUGUUGCCUUCAACACAAGGAAGUUCUACCUCUGUUGAAAUGUCAGAAGUCUCAUCAGAAAUCUACACUAAAACUGUAAUGCAGACCCAGAGAAGCUUUAUGCUUGACCUUAUUAAAAAAAAAACACAAAAUUAUAUAGGCUUACCAAAGACUUAUUAUUGGUUAAUUAAUUAUUUAGAAAGUAAUCUAAAUGUAAAAUCUUUUGAUAUAAUAGUAACUUUGUAUAAAAUUAAAAAUAAUACCCCAUUCUACCAAAUCUCAGAUUUGUUUGAGGUAUCAUUAACCACAUUAUGGAGAAUAUUUUUCAGAACUUUGUGUGUUCUAUCCAAGUUCUUUAAACAAUUGAUUUAUUCCCCUCAAGUAUAUGAUGUCAAAAGAAAGUUACCAGCCUCCUUCAAUACCAAUAAAGAAUAUUCAAAUGUGUUUUGCAUUAUUGAUUGUUUUGAGAUAGAAAUUGAAAAACCCUCAAAUCCUAUUUUCCAGUCUCUAACAUGGUCACAGUAUAAAAAUGCCAAUACAUUAAAAUACUUGAUAGCUACAACACCGGAUGGUUUUGUCAACUUUGUAUCUGCUGGUUUUGGGGGACGUAUAUCUGAUGCCAAUAUUGUAGAAAAAAGUGGUUUUUUGGAUGUGCUGCCACCAAAGUGUACUGUAUUGGCAGAUAGAGGAUUUAAACAUGUUGAUACUUUACUAAGUAGAAAUCAGAAUAAUCUACUUCGGCCACCCAGUGUUGCAAAAGAUCAAAAAUUGUCAAAGCGGGAUGCUAUCAAAAGCAAAGUCAUUGCCAGUCUGCGCAUCCACGUUGAGAGGGUAAUAAGAAGAGUUAGGCUAUAUAAAUUGUUGAAACCACACUCUGUAAUAAAUAAUAAAUUAAUUCAACAUGCAGAUGAUGCUGUCAUUGUGGCAUGUGGGUUGAUAAAUCUACAAGGUUCUAUUAUUAAGAAUGAAUAAAACAAAUAAAAGACAAAUACUA